UCUUAUUUUGUACUAUUGCUAAUUCUGUUCAUGUGAAAUGAUUCAACCUUUACUGUCAGACAAUCUUGGAAAUGCAUGUCUUACAAGUUUUUUUGUGACCGGAGCCUGGGACCACGCCAAACUUCUGCAGUCUCUAAAGGCAUACCAAAAUGCUGAAAAAGAUGAAAGGAUGAAAUCUAAUCCAGACCUGUACUUUAACUGUGCUACUGUAAACAAAUAUCUAGAAAACUAUGAAAUGGCCCUUACUGGAUUUGAAGCUGCUGCUUUAAAGGAUCCUGGUCUCAAUGCUACCGAAGAGGUUCAAAAGAUUGCUAACCUUCUUGACAAGCUAGAUAAUUUGUUAAGGGUAAUGCAUUUUUCAUUCGUAAAUGUGGUAUCUUGAGGUCUUGAGUAUGUGUUUCCAAAGUGGUUUCUAGGAUCAAGGGGCCUUGGGCUAUCAUCUAUUGGCAGGUAACUUUUGAGUGGUAAGUUUUGAUUUAGUGUGAUUGGAAUGUGUUGCACUAUUUGUUUUGCUUUGGAUACUAGUUUGAAUUAUGCCAAAGACGGCUUUGCACUCUUUCUAAUGUUAUUUGUCUUUCUAUGGCAGUUGCUUUAAUUCCUCUAUCUAUUUUUCACCAACAUUUUCGUUCCACUUUUCGUUUUUCUUUUUCAAUUUUCAUUAGUUUUGCUUUAGAUCCAAUAUUAUAUGCUAUCUAUGUCCUAAGUUAUGGAUUUGUGAUCUCGCUUUCAUUUUCAUAUUGUCCAGUCAGGUAUGGUGAACCAGUAAGCAUUUUUACCUUUGGGUGAGAUUUUGGUUUCUCUUUGAUAUGAUUUUUAACUCCUCUGACAGAUUCAAUUUGUUAAUGGACGUGUACCACAAUCUAUAUCAGAAAUACGAGGGUAUUUGGAGAAUAAUUUGUUACAAAUAAUUGAAAUCUGAGUUGCAAUUCAGCUCUUAAUACUUUCUGUUGUUUUAUUGUCUAAGGUUGGUGUGCGAGGACAUAACUGGGGGUCUAGAGGAUAUUGCCAUUCCAGCUAGCAAUUUGGUCAAUGAUCCUCCUGUUGCUUUGCCAGUUGAUGUUGUAAAUAUGGUUAUCUUAGCAAGCAUAAAGGAGUUAAGGCUUAAAGCUGCCGGUGCAUUGUUUUCACUUAUUUGUGAGGUUUAGGACGUUAAUGCGCAUCACAUUUAUGGACAAGUAUAAGUUUAUGGUUAGGGUUAAUGUUGGGAUGGAAUAACUUUGUUGAAUAUAUGGAUGAAUGUAUCGGAUCUUUACAUAAAUGAAUUUGUUUUGAAUGUGUUGUCA